AUGCCACCCAAAGUCCCCAAUUUGAGGUUUAAACCCAAGUUGGUCGCCAAGAGCAAGCCGUCAGAUCCUCAAAACUCCAACCGCGAGGAGCUCACCCUACUCCAGCUUGAGCGUCUCCAACAAAACCAGCAACCCUCACCCCAACAGUCGUCCGAAACGCCUUAUGCGGAUUCAGCCCCAGGGGCCUCCCCGCGCGAUCCCGGGGGGCUCUCGUCGAAAAACCCCCCUUCCUCGUCUUCGAACGCGCGCCCUGGGGAGGAGCCGAUUUCCACGCGUGGCGGCCGGAUGAUCCCCACGCGGGCGGCCCCUCUUGGUCACGCCAGCGCCGCCUGCUACCCCGAUCGUGCGGAGAUGCUCCCGGUGGAUACGGUGAACGCGAUUUUAACCCCCGAUGGGGAUGGGCUUGAUCGCGUGAUCUGCCCGAUCCCUUUGCAGCCUCCUGAAACGGUUUCUUCUUCGUCAUUUUCGGGAAAGGCAUCGGGCCCUUCGAGUACUGUGAAGCAGGAGGAUGAAGAGGAGACGGAAAGAGGGGGUCCUCGCCCGACGGAGCCGACGUUGCUCGAUGGAACGGCGUUUUUACGCGAAGGUGCGGAGGAACUCGCGCGGGCGCAUCGUGCGAAUUGGCGAUUUUAUCAGGAAUCCCUCUCACCCAAAGCCUCGCUGGAUGUGAAGUUGGAGGAAGAAGAGGAGUACGGCGUUGGAGGGGGGGAUGCCGCCGGGAAGGGGGAGGGGCCUUUGGUGUAUUUGCAGCUCCCGCGUUUUUUUGAGAAUCCGCCGUUUGUUUUUGCGAAUCUCCCACCGGGGAGGGUAGGGGAGUUGAAGGUGUUCAAAAGCGGCCGGAUGGUGAUGGAUAUCGCCGGCGUGCACUACGACGUGUGGGCGGAAGGGGGGGAGGAGGGGGCGUACGCGACGGUGGCCGUUACCCAACCCCCUUCCGAUCCGAUGGAUCCGAACGCGAAGCCGAGCUGCUUUGAGGUGGGAACGUUGAAGAUGAAGAUGAUCUGCACCCCCGCCGUCGAGGAGGAUUAA